GCGGAGUACCUCGAAUGGACGGGAACUGGCGGAGAGUUUCGGGCCAGCCGAGGGCUCUCCCGCACGGCCUCGGGGGGGGGGGGGGGUCCCCGGCGCUAGGACCGGGGCUCCCCGGAGAGCAGCAACCCCCAAUCUGGGCCUACAAGGAAACUUUCCGGGCCGCGGCUGCACCUGACUUCUCGCCGCCCCUCCACCCCACGUCCGCCAGGCCGCCCGCCCCGCCCCGGCCAGGCCGUCCGUGGCGCCGCCGAGGGGGAUAAAUAAACCCCUCAGUUACCGGGAUCCCGGGCCCGUCCGUCCGCCUGCGCGACGCUCGGGGCCGGGGGCGGCCGCACACUCUGCCGCCCGGGUCCCCGCCGCCCGGCCUUCCGCCCCGCGGGAGAGCCUGGGGCCGGCGCAGGAUGCAGCCCGCCCCGCCGUCCGCCCUCCCGCCCGCCCGCCCCGAGGCCCCGGGGGACCCAGGGGCGCGGGAGGCCUGUGGCGCGGGGGCAGGGCGCGGCCGCCGCGGGGCCCGAGGCCUAGGGAGCCCCCCCACACCUCCGCGGCGUUCCCCAGGCCCGGCCCGCGCAGGCCGCGCUCGGUCCGCCGCCGGAACCCCCGCCGUAGCCGCCCGCGGGCGUCCCCGAGGCCCCCAGUCCCCGGGCCCCUGCCACCCUAGCGCCGGCCCCACUCACCCUUUCAUUCUCCGCCCGCGGCCUGGCGUGGGCCGGCGAAUCCCCGGCCUCACAGAGGCGCUGGCGGCGGACUAGGAAGCUCGGCUGCUACUGCUCUCCCCCAGGGCUUCAGCGGGAGCCUUUCCCUGUCGAACAAGAGGGGUGAGGAUCAUAUUUUUAUUUUGGGUCGGCGAUCAUUAGGGGGGAAAUCCCUGAAUGUACUCUCCAGCCGAGAAGGCAGGGCUGCCCGGCUGCACUGGCAGGGGCAGCAGCCUCCUACAGCACCACUACAGGCACCGCGGGGACAUGACACCACACAGCAGUCCUCUGCCCUCCGAAACGACAACUUUCCUACCAUCUUGGAGGCCGAGCAAAGAGGAGCCAAGGGGAAAAGUGCAACCGGCUGCGGAUAAAGUACAAAUCUCUACCUCUCCUCUCCGGAAAAAGUCCACACUCGCGGUCUCCGCCGGCGCCUAAGGGGGUCUGAAAAGCGGGGAAGGAAACAAGUUCAUUUGCUCCGUGGGGGGAGGGGGGGAAUGUUUCUGCACCUCUGAUGGGAAGAAAUCUUUACAAGACACAGGUUUUACGAUAUUAUUGUUUUCCAUUUUAAUUUUUUCCCCCGGUGGUGACAGUGGUAGCUUAAUUUUUUUUCAGACUAAUUAUGAUUUUUCUCUGUGGCAGGCCCAAGUUCCGUAUGUGGUGGUCAGUCUGUAAAUUGGCACCUCAGAGACUUCAAGGUCACUUUAUUGUAUUUAUUUUGUUGCCCGUUUAUAUUGUAUGUAUGCAUGCUUAUGUUUUCAGGUUACAGUUAAGAUUUUGUGGUCUUGGUAUCUACGAAACUGAGGGUGCUGCAAGUCAAUUGUAAAGAGAUUUCUUUUGUCUUCUCUCAAAGCGAUGUAAGUAAAACCUAUUGACUGUCCAGAAAGACCCAAGAUAGCUGUUUAUUUUUCACAGUGCAAAUAAAAGCACCGUGUAUCUAAAGCGUCCUACAGCAGACCAAACCUGUGGUCUGUCUGCCCAAGAAGGUUACUCCACUAAACCUAGCAGUAGACUGAAAGAUGCUUUGCAUUUCCUUUAAGUAAAAUUAUUUAUUAAGAAUUACAUCUAGGGUGUCAUUUGUGUUACUUCCUUCAGUUUGUAUAGAUAGUUUAACGUUCAGGUCUUCGCUGCAUUACCUACAGUUCUGUCUGCCUCUCUAACAAGAAUUGAAGGGGUGUUGAAAUGUUCAGAACAUCCAGUGUAGUGCCAGCCCGUUGAGUAACUUUAUAGACUGCAGAGAUGUCAUGAAUUUACUUUUGGUUUUUUGAGUCCGGGUUUCUCUGUAGCUUUGGAGUCUGUCCUGGAACUAGCUCUUGAAGACCAGGCUGGCCUAGAACUCACAGAGAUCCGCCUGCCUCUGCCUCCAAGUGCUGGGAUUAAAGGCUUGUGCCACCACCACCGGGCUAUGAGUUUACUUUUUUUUUUUUUUUGGUGUUGGGACUCAACACAAAACGAGGUAGACCUGGUCCAUGACUUCAUAUUCUAAUAUCUCUGUCUCCCACCACCACCCCCGCCUGUCUGGUGACCAGCUGAUUUCAAUGAGCUGGAAUGGAAGGAAGGUGGUGACAAAGCAGGUGUGACUAGGUCAGACUGACAAG